CUGUUAAUGAAACACAAAUUGGCAUUGGUGCAACUGCUAUCACACCAUUUGCAAUGUCAAACAUAACAGUAUGGUCAUCAGCAAAAUGUACUGGCUCAGAGAUCAGUUACAUACAACUCCGAAACUUAACGUUUCCCACUGAAUACACGUGCAAUGGAUACAAAUCACUGAACAUUAGUUUCGCAUACGAUGUGAUCCUAAAUGAUAAUACAUUAGAGAAAUUGCCGAUCAGUAAUACCUCGGUUUAUAUAACCUAUUUAAACGUAACCGGGGGCCGUUGUAGUGGAGAUGUACUGUUCCUGUUUACUACAUACCUGGCCGAUGACCAGCACGGGUGCAGUAAUGGAAAAGGGCUCUACGGGCUGACCGUUGACCACAUAUACGGACGUCUGACCGGAUCCAAGUGUCCAUCAAAUUGUACAUUAGAUACUGAUAAUAUCCAAACAUUUUGGGUCUACAUUGAGACCAUCAUCAGGACUAAGAUGUUAAGCAAUAAU